UAACUUCCACUACUCUGUAAACAAUCAGCGAAAGCUCGUUGUUUGCUCUAUGAACGCAUAAGCAUUUUCAAAAACUGGGUACAAUAAGGAGACAUUACGUCAAUAUGCCUCAAGCAUUGCGCAUAGUGACAUAAUUGUAUCUGCAAAAGGGGGCAGUCACACGCCAGUAUAAUGUGUAGUGGCAGCUAAACGUUGCAUAGACAGUCUUACCGGCAAGAACUCAAGACCACUUGUUUUUCCUAGGGCGUUAAUUCUUAUUUCAUUUAUAUGUAAUGCUCCCACUCUCUAACGUUUAUUUUAAGCGGUAAGAAGACGUAUUUUAUGUCAACAACUUGGCAUGACAUCUGCUAAUGUCAUAUAGCAGCCAAGGAAUAUGAUUAUCGCUCUUAUUUUGUUCUGCGUGUGCUUGUGGCGUCUUGUUGAUGUGACAGAUGAAGUGAAGUCAAUAUCAGUGAUGAAGGGAGAUUCUGUUACUCUACACACUGAUGUGACUGAAGUACAGAAAUAUUUGUUCAUACAGUGGAUGUUUGGAAACACUCGAAUAGCUGAAGUCGGCAGGCUCACACAAACAUACUCGACGUAUGAUGGUCCUGAUGGGAGAUUCAGAGGCAGACUGGAGCUGGAUCAGACUGGAUCUCUGAUCAUCACAAACACCAGAACCACAGACUCUGGACUUUAUAAACUAACAGCUAUCAGCAGUGAGACCAGCUACAUGAGUUUCGAACUUACAGUCUAUGAGACUCCACAAAGUUCUAUAACACCAGGAAGUUCAACAAGCUCAAAUUUUGUGUCGUCCAAUUUAACCAUCAACCAGGCUGAAGAUGUCAAUAUUACUGAACUCCAUCAGCCAAGUUCAGACCACGUCCACUGCUGUGGUUUUACUGAAACUGUGAUACGAUUGGUUGUUUCUGCUUUGGUAAGCAUGGCUGUUGUUGGUUUUCUGGUUUAUGACAUCAGAUCUACAAGAAGUCAGCUGAACAGGAUGCAAGAGACUCGACAUCGCCAUCAGAGCCAUAGAGUAAAAUCAGACCAACAUCAGUUGAGCAAAAGAAUGAGUUCCAGAUAUGUUUGCUGAAGGCUGCUGGUGUAAUCCUAAAAAUAUACAGAUACAUGUAGUUAUUUUAUCGUAUCUGCACAGAAUGACAUUUUAACUGAUCUCUUAAAUUAAAGGAAUGGUUCACCCAAAAAUGAAAAUUCCACCAAUGGAUCCUCUGCAGUGAAUGGGUGCCGUCAGAAUGAAAGUCCAAACAGCUGAUAAAAACAUCACAAUAAUCCACAAGUAAUCCACA